GGCACAAACAAACAUCUUCCAUUUAGAUAAAUACCCCCUGGCUCAUGCGUCUUUCCCUCUUUUUUCUUUCUUCUUUUCUAUAUCAAAACCCAGCUCUCGCAUCCUUUCUGUACAAAGACCAACAAGCGCCUCAUCUACUGUCCAUAGAUAUACCCUGCACAGCACUUCUUUAACGACUAUCACUUCUUCCAACGCUCCCGCUUUCCUAAACGGGUCAUUUAUCACCGCUUCUGAAUAUCACCCCUCUCUCUCUCUCUCCUCGUGCCUCGUUCCUGAGUUUCGUCCCUGAUUUAUAUUUCCUUUUCUCACACUACAAAAGACCACCAUCCCCCAACCGCACAACUCCACACUUCGUCUCUUCCUCAUUUUCUUCACAAUGUCAAAUAACAGCCAAAAGAAAUUCUCUCGCUCAGAGUCCAACUCGCGCUCCAACAGCAAGACCGACCUGUUCGAGGAACAAUAUGCCCACUAUGCUCUCUCUGAGCCCCUGCCUUUGACCGGUCAGGUUUUCACACAGGAGCCAGAGGAGAGCAUCUCAUUGUAUAUGCCCGACGACCAGGCUCCUUGUUACCCCUUGUUCGACCCAGCCGAGCUCUUUUACCCACAGAUGCAGCAGAUGCUGAGUCAUGCAACCACGCAAGGCCAUCACAACUACCAGGGCCAGGGUCUCCUCGACUCUCCCAUGUAUCCGGCCUCGACCUAUAACUGGCCGUACCCGCCAGUGUCGGCCACCAACAGCGACGAUAUCUUGAUGCUCGGUCCUGACCCAUACGAAUACAACUCUCCCGUACAGUCUCCCCACGAUUGUUCGCCUCUCACGCUCUCGUAUCCAUACAAUUCCCCCCAGGACCUAUUCCAGCAGUCUUUGUCGCCGUCAUCCUCCCACUCUAUCAAACCGUGCAUGAGCCCAGUACCUCCGGAGCACGUUUUUGAGGACCACAUGAACAGUGCGCUCAGCUCGCCCUGCUUCUCCCCCUCCGUAUUCUCCCCAUCACCCUCGCCCAGUCCCUACAUGCCGACCAAGAGGGGCAGAGCCGGCGGCAGCGACAAGAGGACCGGUCCCAAGACAUCUCCCAAGAGCAAGGCCCAGGCUUUCCACGCGUGCGAGUGGCCCGGUUGCACCAAGGUGUUUACGCGCAAAUACAAUUACGAUCAGCAUUACAAGACCCAUGAGGGUAUCAAGACCAACCAAUGCAGCCAUAAGAAUUGUAUGAGCGCGUUUAUUCGUAUCUCGGAUCUGCAGCGUCAUAUGAGGCGUCACACCGGUGCCACACCCUUCGGAUGCGAACACUGUGGUUCGGCCUUCAAGAGGUCCGAGGCCCGCCAGCGUCAUUACGAGAAGGUACAUGGCUAUAGCCCGAGUCAGAAGAAGACCAAGGCCUCCUCCUCCAAGCAUCGUCGCGUGAAGGUCGAGAACGACUAUUGCUAAAAGUGCUUUUUUUACGAGCGAUAGUUUUUUUUUUGAAGCCGGAAGGAGGAGCAGGAGGAGGCGCGUAGGCGGUAUGGGGGAGGGAGGAUAGGGAUUAGUCUAGAAUACCAUAUCCAUAAGUUAAAGUACACACACACACACAUAUUAAAGUCCAAUCUUCAAUGCCAAGCUUUCGUGAUUGAGGUGAUUGAGGGCCCAUUGCCUUUUCUGUCCACAAUUGAGUGUUAUGCAUC